AUGGUUAUCACGUGUAAAAAACCUUGCAAAAAGAAAAGGUCGACAUUGUUGACCGUCGAACAACUGGUCGAUAUUGCACUGGGAACUCCGGAGGUAGGCGCGGUUAAUUUCAACGUACUUCACGCGCUCAUACACGUCAUAAUACAACAAUUGAACAUACAAAAAUGUUUGGUCGAAUUCAAAGGCUACGAUUCGGAGAGAAUGGAAGGAAUCAUACUGACGGCAAAACCAGGUCCUAUUAUAAAAUUAUCCGAAUACAUGAUCGACUCGAGCGGAAAACAAAAUGGCGUACCUGGGAAAACUUCAAAGCGAGAAAACGACAACGAUCGCGAAGACGGGGAUAAGGAUCAAUCGGCGUCCGGACCGGACGGUCCGCAAUCCGUUCAAUUCAAAAAAUCACCGCCUUGCUAUUGCAACAUGAAUAAAAGAAAACUACCCGGAGACGAUGAUAAAGAUGACGAAGAGGGAGACAAAAAGAAAUCCGCCGCUCUCGCGAAAGACAAAAAAACUCCCGAUAAAAAACCGAAAAAAGAUGACGAGCGACAAACCAACGAAGAUGUCGCCGAACCCGAAGCGAAAAAAAUCAAAGAAUAUAAAAAAAGUUGCCCGUGCAAAGUAUCGAAGGAAAAGGAAACAUUUUUGAUCGAUGAGGAUGUUAAAGCCGCGACUUCUUCCUAUUACGGUUCCGACAGCGAAAAUUGUCAAACGAUUGUGAGAGUCGAACCCGUGGGUGAAAAAUGCAACAGUUGGAGAACUAGACCCGCUCUUGCUCACGAGAGUAUGGUAGCUAUGCUACAAGAUGCUUUCGAAGCUCUCGAACGAAUGCCGACGAACGAAGAAAUUAAAAAACGUGCGGCUCCGGGUGGUCCGAACCAACCCACACCCGUUAAAGACCUUUGGCAAUUUUUCAACCUUUCGAAAAGAGUCGAAUGUUGCGAAGACAGCAUCGAUAAACUCACGACCCUCAUAGAAGAUGUUUUAAAGGAAAAUUCCAACUUUAAGGAAGCCAUGAUAGUCAUAGCAGACGCAGUCGACGAAGUCGAGUGUGCCGUACUCUCGGGGAAAACAACGUGUUUCACGUCUAUACAAGCGCAAACGAAUAAUCCCUUUACGGUCGUCGCUCAGGAUAACAACAGAGAUAAACCCUCGGUAUCGUUUCAACGGGAAGACGCCACCAGCGGUGGCACCAACACCAACAACACCACCACCACCACCACGACCGCCGCGACCACUUCGAAAUGUCUCGAAGGACCUUGUCUCGAAGAUAAAAAUGGUGGAAAAGAUGGACAAACGAGUUCCGGUAAUAAAAAUCAAACCGGGGGUCAGGACACGGAGGGAGAUGAAAAUCAAAAAUCGUCCGAGGGUUUAAAUAGUAAUGUCAACAGCGAGGGAAAUAUCGUGCAGCAAAUCGGUAUCGGACCUGAAUUUUUCAAAAUGCCCGCCCCCCAAAAAUUUUGCGUUUUGAAGGGAGCCAUCGAUUGCCUUAUACAUCAAUUUAAAAAUUUCAACGAGACUCUUCCGGUGAAUCAAAUUGCAUCCAAACUCUGCGCUUUGGUGAGCGUUCAAAAACAAUUGGACGGAUUGGAAAAAGAAUGGAGAAGUUUUGCCGAGACGUUUGGCGAAGAGGGAGCCAUGAGCGUGCACGCGGACAUGGAAACAUUUAAAAACGAAUUGACUAAUUUGAACGGUUCGUUUAAACAAUUAUCGGUGGAUAAACAAGAAAUCGAAUUGAAUAUAAAGGGUCUCUUAAGCGAGAUUGAAUAUUUGAGACGUACGAAAGUCGAUACGGAAAUAAUGGAAGAUAUGCUUGCGGAAAAAGCGGAUGCAUCCGUCGUUAAUAAAAAAGUAUCACACGAUCAAUUCGAUGCCGCUUGCGACGAUUUGACAAAAGGAUUAGACGGAGCCCUUGAAAAACUCAUGCAGCAAGAAGCCAUGUGGAACGAAGCGUGGGAAGAACUACACAAAGACGUUGAUAACAAAUUGGACAAAAACGAAAUAAUGCCGUUGAAAGAAUUCAUAAAUAAAAAAUUGAAAUGUUUGCAAGAUAAAUUGAAACAAUUGACUCAGUUGAAAAAAGAUGCGGAAGCUGCCGGAACGAAAACUCGAAUACUCAGGAACUUGAAUUGCAUUGCGUGCGACGCGGACGCCAUCAUGAAAAUGGACAACAUGUCGAGUUAUCGAUGUCCCCCACUUCCCCCCUCGAAAACGAUUAAACCCAUUUUGGCAUUCGAACUCGAAAACGUGAGAAAAGCGAUGAAAAAAGGACCGUGUAAGGGUACGACACACGUCGAGGAAGCCAUAGCGGACGCGCAGAGAAAACUCGGAGGAAUACCGCUGACUCAAAAAGAAAUAGUCGAGAGCAAAGUGUCCAAUCACACCGUGACUACGGCACAACAACGUGUCACCAGAAUCGGUCACUUCCUCACGGAAUUCGGUCCCCAGGCCAUGUCGAUUAUCGAAGCCGAAUCGACAAAUCCAUUUAGUAAUCAGCCUCAAACUUCGACAUCCAUAGAUUUGCAAAAACCUUGCGUUUAA